UUCAAAACACCAAUGAAGAAAUAAAGCUUUUCCGGUUGGAUGUGUGUGUUGGCUGGUAGAGAUGUUGUUAGUUUUGUCUGAAGAGCAUAAAGAACAUCUCGCCUUCCUGCCGAAGGUUGACGCCACAGUGGUUGGAGAACUUGGUCGCAUAGCGCUGCAGUUCUUAAAGAGAGGAACUACAUCCAAGAUCUAUGACGGAGCAGCCAGGAAGCUGAAUGUUCCUGUGGAAAUGGUACAGCAUGGAGUUGAAGGACUUAUGUUCCUGAUGACAGAGAGCUCCAAACACAUGAUCUCUGAAGUGGAUUUCAUGGACUCAGUGUUGGUUUUGGGGUUUGGUGAAGAUCUUAACCAGAUCCUCUUACAGCUCUACCUGCAGCAUCACAAUCAGAUACGCAGCAUUCUGAGACAGCUGCCCUCCAAUCUGCCUGCCUACCACAAACUGGAAUGGAGACUGGAUGUACAGUUGUCAAGUCGUUCAUUCCGCCAAGAGGUCUUUCCCAUGCUGACCAUGAGUCUGCUCUUUAAAAGAAGCUGUGACAACUGCAGUGACUUCAGCAGGAUUCUCCAGACAGAUCCCAGUACCCUGCUGUACCUUAUCUCCACAUUAGAAGUUGCUCUGGCUUCCAUGAAAACCAGUCAUGCUCGCCGUAUUUUACGCAAUAUCAAAUAAUCUUCCUAGAUCAUUGUCUGUGUGCCUCUUGUCUUUAUUGGACCAGCUUAAUUACUCAAAAUAGUCAACACAAGUGCUCACUAAAAAAAAUCUUGAUGAGAAUUUUGAUGAGAGAUGGUUGAUGUAUGAUGUAAUAGAAAUAAAAUGCAAAGUCAAAGUUGCAGGUAGUCACUUAUUGUGCAGUAGUUAUGUUUUGAUUCAUGAUUGAACUUUUACAUGCAACAUUACAAGGGGAUGAGACAGAUUUGUCAUUAAGAAAAAACUGCACAGGAAAAAUAAUAAACAAAACAAAAGUAGUUAAGUUCUUCCACACCAGAUUCGCUCAUCUAUGUCUUUGUGGACCUUGCUUGUGCACUGGUGCCCACUAAUUUUGAAACGGGAAGAGACCAUCCCAAAAUGGUUCCCACAAAGACAGUAUGGAAUUGUCCAAAAUCUCUUGGUAUGCUGGAGCAUUCAGAGUUGCUUUUGCUGGAGCUCCUGAAAAAAAAAUCCACACCAUAAUCUUGCCUCCAUCAAAGUUCACACUUGGCCAAACGCAGUCAAACAAGCACCAUUCUCCUGGCAACCACUAAACCCAGACUGGUCUAUCAGAUUGCCAGAUGGAGAAAUGUGAUUCGUCACUACAGAAAAUGCGUCUCCACUGCUCUAGAGUCAGUAGUGGUGUGCUUUGCACCACUGAAUCUAACGCUUUGCACUUGAUGAUGUAUGGCUUGGAUGCAGCUGCUCGGCCAUGGAAACCCAUUCCAUAAAGCUCUCUACGCAUUGUUCUUGAGUUAUUAUGAAGGCCACAUGAAUUUCAGUAGUGACUGACCCUGCAGAAAGUUGGCAACAAUGCGGGUGACCCCCAUUUGUCAUCUUGCACGGACUGCCACUUUUUGCCCAAGCUGCUGUCGUUCCCAGUCACUUCUACUUUGUUGUAACUUACAGUUGGCCUUGGAGUAUUUGGUAGCAAGAUUUGGUAUUUGGUAUAUUGUACAUUCAAAAUUGUGAAUGUACAAAUAAUUGCAUGUAAUUUAACCAAUCAGAAAUAUGUUUCUAAGGGAUGUUAGGGUAACUAUCAAAACCGGUUUUAAGUUUUAAGCCUAAUCUUACAGGCAGUGAGGUGUCUGCCUUCCACACACAAAUUGGGAGCUAAUUACCUCAGAUUGCUUUUGGAAACUCAAGUUAUAUUUUUCCUGUAUUUUUUCUCUUUGUUUUGUUUAUGUUGUCACAUAUAAUGAACAAAUUCAAACACACAACAGCACAGAUCAUGAAAUCCUGUUCAUCACUAAAAAGUAAGAAUCAACCCCUGGACUGUACUCUUGACCUGACUGAAGUGAUCAAUAAAAGUUGCCGAAACCUCCCGA